UGCACCUGGGUGGAGGGCUGAAAGCAGCCGCCCACGGUGCAAGGUCCCCCGCGGGGGCGAAGGGUCAGUGGCGGCAGGGCUGGGUCUGGCCACGCGGACCGAGUUCCUGGCUCGGGCAGGUCCCUGCUCCAGGGCAGCCAUGAGCCUGGUGGCCUGUGAGUGUCCCCCUGGCCCUGGCCUGGACCCCGAGCCCUGCUCAUGAGUGCAGUCCCAGGCCCUAGUGUACCUGGAGCAGAUUCGCAACCGGGUCACUCCGGGGGCACCUGACAUGACCAAGCGCGACUACCUUGUGGAUGCAGCCACACAGAUCCGGCUGGCCCUGGAGCGUGACGUCAGUGAGGACUAUGAGGCAGCCUUCAGCCACUACCAGAAUGGCGUGGACGUUCUGCUCCGAGGCGUAAAUGUUGACCCCAACAAGGAGAGAUGUGAGGCUGUAAAGCUGAAAAUUACCAAGUACCUGCGGCGGGCGGAGGAGAUCUUUAAUUGCCACCUGCAGAGGACGCUGGGCAGUGGAGCCAGCCCUGGAACGGGUUUUAGCAGCCUGAGGCUGCGGCCCAUCCGCACACUGAGCUCUGCCCUAGAGCAGCUGAGGGGCUGCAAGGUGGUCGCGGUCAUCGAGAAGGUGCAGCUGGUCCAGGACCCAGCGACUGGAGGGACCUUCGUGGUGAAGAGCCUGUCCAGGUGCCACGCGGUGAGCCGGGAGCGGCUGACCAUCAUCCCACACGGCGUCCCCUACAUGACCAAGCUGCUGCGGUAUUUUGUGAGCGAGGACUCCAUCUUCCUGCACCUGGAGCAUGUGCAAGGAGGCACUCUGUGGUCCCACCUGCUCUCCCAGCCGUGCCUCCAACAGUCUGGGACUAGGUCUGGCUCCAGCCUGGAGAGGAUGAAGGCUCAGCUCAACUCCCGCCUCAGCCUCCGGACCCCAGCUCGCCUCCCGCCUGGCCACACCUGCCUGCAGGACGGAAUCCCCCUGGAGCCUCCCCGGACUUCUCAGAGCCUUACCCCGGCCAGGGGGGCCGCAGCCAUCAGACCCCAGAGAGAGGCUGAAGGUGAACCCUCAGCCGGGACCGGCCCUUCCUGCUCCUGGGACCUUCCAAAGGCCCCAGGUGGCCACCUGCACCACCAUGCCAGGCGGGGGCCCGGCCAGAGCUCUGAUCCGGGGCCCCCUCGGGGGAUCCCUUGGGUUCGUGCAGGGGCCGGCCGGGUGCUGGGGGGCUGUGGCCGAGGCAGAGGUCGGAGCCGCCCCUCAGCCGGUGGGGCCGCCUGGCGUGUGAGGGAAGAGCAGGUGAGGCAGUGGGCGGCCGAGAUGCUGGUGGCCCUGGAGGCGCUGCACGAGCAGGGGGUGCUGUGCCGGGACCUCAAUCCCCGGAACCUGCUUCUGGACCAGGCAGGCCACAUCCGGCUCACGUAUUUUGGCCAGUGGUCAGAGGUGGAGCCCCAGUGCUGCAGGGAGGCUUUGGACAAACUCUACAGCGCCCCAGAGGUGGGUGGGAUUUCUGAGCUGACCGAAGCCUGCGACUGGUGGAGCUUUGGGUCUCUGCUGUAUGAACUGCUGACGGGAAUGGCGCUGUCCCAGAGCCACCCCUCAGGAAUCCAACCCCACACCCAGCUCCAGCUGCCCGAGUGGCUCAGUUGCCCCGCGGCCUCCCUGCUGACUGAGCUGCUGCAGUUUGAGCCCUCCGGGCGCCUGGGCGCUGGAAGAGGCGGUGUCAACAAACUCAAGUCCCACCCCUUUUUCAGCACCAUCCAGUGGAGCAAACUGGUGGGGUAACCGGAGGGGGUGGAGUAGGCGAUGGAAGCAGCUGGACUGGUCUGGAUCUCCUCUCUUCUCUUUGCCUGCCACCCAGAGCUGGCCCUUCUCAUCAGCGGCCCUCGGGCAAAGAAUGAAAGGCGGCUUGCCCUUCCUGGUCGGGCCCCUCCCUUGGGCCUCAGAAGUCUCUUCACUGACCAGGAAGGGCCUACGGAGUCCCCCAGCCACGUCCUGGAGAAACCCUUCCCAGACGGUGCUGAGUGGGAGGGAUAGAGAGAUCUCAGCCUGUUAGGCAGCUUGAACCCCUCCACCCAUCAGUCAGCAGUCACCUGCUGAGUGCACACCCUGUACUUGAACUUGGACCUACCAUGUUAAAAGGUGCCUUCCUUUGCAUUAGCUCUGAGCUACUGACCACCUGCUGAGCCGUGAAAUUUUGUGACUCAUUAUCUGCCAUGUGCCCCACUCGGGAUGUCUCUGGAAGCUCAUCUCAGGAUACUAGUCCACUGGCUUUGUGGUCCCAAACCAGGGCUGCCCUGGCGGGUCAUCUUAACCAUGCAACUAGUGGGCCUCUUCCACCAGAGGCUACUUUUGCAGGGGGUCGGGAGGCUGGGGAAGCAGGGAAGAAGUCUGUAGUGGGCAUGGGGUGGGGUGAGGGAAUGGGACAAGACAACCCAUUCCCCCCUCCUGACCAUGCCCCUUAUCUUGUGAUUAGACUCUGCAGAGCAAAAGGAAAGGAGGGGAGGAAAAUAAGGACAAAGAGGAAUGGGGGGAGAGAGGAAGGCACAGCUCUGCCACUUAAGAGAAAUUUUGGAAACAAAGAGCUCCCUUCCCCGGCUAGCCCACCCAUGUGGAGAGAAAGGAAAACCUGCCCCAUGGGUCUGAGGGGAGACCACCAUUCAGUGUCCAGGCUGAAGCCACUUGAAGAAAAGUUGUACCCACUAGGACUCCCUUCUCGGACGUUCGUCCUGUUUACCAUUUUGCAUUUUAGUCUUGAGGGUCCACUCAAUCCACUGCCCACUGGGACUUCAUCUCCUUUUGAAAUGAAACCACAAAACACAUGGAAUGAUUGCCCAAGCUUUUACCUGGAAGCAAAACGUUUCUGGUCUCGGAAGAACUGGGGUAAGUAGUUACCCCCGAAGACAACUCCCUCCCCAGAUUUGGGGGCCUUCUUCCUCUCAGGACUCGCCCUGUCACUGGGGUGUGGCAUCUAAGACAGACUUCCACACAUCUCCGCCAACUCCUUCCCGCCUGCGUCUCCGACACCAGCAGGUGGCGCCUCUGACACCACCCUCCAGUCUGGCUGUGAAGGCCCAGCCCCAAGGGGACCUGUUGUGGGCGUGGCUCGACGCUCCUCGGGCCCUCUGGACGCGUCUGGGGACGUGGGAGGUGCAGCCUUUGGAAGGUCCUGGCUCUCCCUGGGGCUUGCCCACGUCCCUCCACCCCGACUCCAAUAAAGCCUGCUGUUGCCUCUGG